AUGGGGCUGAGCGUGGAGCCAUGGGGCUGCGCACGGAGCCAUGCGGCUGCGCGUGGAGGUGCGCGGCUGCGUCUGGAGCCCCUGUUAAUCGGACAGAGAUGGCAGGGCUGUGUCUCCACGGCCGGAAGCUCUCAUAGGGCACCCACAGCGGCUCCCCACCUUCCUUCUGGGUACAACACGCUGCCACCCCUGAUUCUUCUGGGGGCAAGUGGGUGCUCGCGAGCUCUCCAGCUUCCUAAAGGUGGAGAAGCACGGACUUCCAGGGGCCUGGCCUGGACCCCUUUCUCUGCUCCUGUCCCUGUGCCCCUCAUCUGGGAGGGUGAAGGCCGAGUCUCACGCGUUUUUGUAGCCCCCACAAGACUGCGCAGGUGGCCGGGCCUCACUGAAUGCGGGGUUAAUUUAACUCGGGCUCUGUGUGAGUGGAUGAUUCAGGUUGCCAGAGACAGAACCCUCAGCUUAGCAUGGGAGGUAGCUCCCCUCUUGACUCUGAGUUCAUCUGAGGUUGACUUGGAAGGUGUGGGCACCAUUUGGCCCAGUUCUUACAGCUCUGAAGAGAGCAGCAGGAAUGGGGCUGAGCAGCGAAGACAGCUUUCCAUCCAGAACUGUCCCUCCCACUCUGUGACUGCCCUGCCUGUGCCCAUGAGGGGUGAGAGUCAGGCGACCUCAUGCCAAGUAUAG